CAAGUCAGCACUGACACACAUACGGAAAAAGACAGGCAUUAGCAGCACAUCGAAAGGUAAUAAUUUGGAAUGUGGUAAGGUGUGAGGAGCAGCAUGGGAAAAUGCCAAGGAUAAAUACAAGACCAACCCCUGCCCUCCCUUCUACUGUCUCCCAGAACUGAAGAACACACACGCUCUCUCCCCCGGCCCCAGCAAGAGCCCAGAAACAAAAGCCUAGUGAUGUAAAAGGUAUAAGUCUUCACUGCCAAAUUGUUGCCCUGGUACAUCCUUGCAAGUAAGUGUGUGUAGCUUUGAUUGGAGCUUGUGCGCGUGCGCGUGCAUGCAAGCUUAGUUGCUAUAUAUUGCCAUCCAUGUCGGGAGCGGCUGCAAGGGAGUGUGCCGGCAGCUUCUCUUCUGUGAGCAGCAGUAAUACAGCUAGCAGGGAGGUGGAGGAAGAGUUCUUGCAGCAUCAGCAGCGGCAGUUCCACAUCAAGCCGCUCCUCGGUAGCCCGCCGGAGAUGGGCACCGACGACGGCGGUGAUGAUCUCCAGCGCGUCACCGGCCCAUCGGAGGCGCCGCCUGCCCCGCCGACGGUGAAGAAGAAGAGAAGCCUUCCGGGGACACCAGACCCUAGCGCGGAGGUGAUCGCGCUGUCGCCGCGGACGCUGAUGGCGACGAACCGGUUCGUGUGCGAGAUCUGCCACAAGGGUUUCCAGCGCGACCAGAACCUGCAGCUCCACCGGCGCGGGCACAACCUGCCGUGGAAGCUGCGGCAGCGCGGCGGCGCGGACGGCGGCGCCGCGGGAGGCGGCGGGCCGCCGAGGAAGCGCGUGUACGUGUGCCCGGAGGCGUCGUGCGUGCACCACAACCCGGCGCGCGCGCUGGGGGACCUGACGGGCAUCAAGAAGCACUACUGCCGCAAGCACGGCGAGAAGAAGUGGAAGUGCGAGCGCUGCGCCAAGCGCUACGCCGUGCACUCGGACUGGAAGGCGCACGCCAAGGUCUGCGGCACCCGCGAGUACAAGUGCGACUGCGGCACCGUCUUCUCAAGGCGAGACAGCUUCGUGACGCACAGGGCCUUCUGCGACGCCCUGGCCCAGGAGAACAACAAGCUGGCGCAGCCCAUGAACAUGGCCACCGUGGCCUCCGCCCUCCAGGGCCAGGCGCACCACCUCGCGUUCCCGCCGUCGUCCCACUCCCACCAGGAGGCCGACGACGACCUCGACGCCGCCGAGGACGACGACUUCGACCUCGACACCAAGAGCCCGCAGCUCCGGAUGCUCCCCGCAGCCAUGUCGGACGACGCCGCCCCGCUCCUGCCGCCGCUCAGCAUGGCCGGCUGCAUGCUCUCCAGCCUCGCCGCCGCGAGGCCCGCGCCCUCGCCGUCGGCAGCAGCCUUCUUCGCCGGCGCCAGGAUAGGGCUCGACGGGCCUAGCGAUCCCAACAGAAGCAUGGGCGGCUCGGCGACGGCGAGCAUGUCCGCCACGGCGCUGCUGCAGAAGGCCGCGGAGAUGGGCGCGACCACGGGCGGCGGCUAUGGCGCGGGCUUCGCCACCGUCGGCUUCGGGCCCAUGCUGGGUGGGCCUGACCGUCUGCCCAUGAGUCCGUUUGGGCCUCUGAAGGCUCCUCCGCCGCCGCCGCCGUAUGAUGAUGGGCUGCUGCCGUUGGGCCAGGCACAGCUGGUUGGGCUGGACGCAGGCAGGCUGUUGCCGGGUCAGCAGCUCUUCUACGGUGGUGGUGGUGGUGGGGUCGGCUCGAUGACUAGGGCCAUCGGAUCGCGGACGCACGGCGGCGGCCAGCAGCAGACGACGGCGACGGAGCACCGGCGGCCCGACGGCCUGCGCGUCGUGGAUUAUCUCGGCGUCGACGACCACCAGAGGAGCUUCAGUGGUGGUGGUGGUGUGAGCCCCUUCGGGCCUCACAUAGGUGGUGGUCCAUGGGCCUAGAUAUCUUUGUACCACAAAAUUCAGUGUACUGUGGGCCUGGAUGAGAUGAUUCAGUGGGGAGGGGAACAAAAGGAACGAAGAGGCAAAUUAAUUGGGCCGGCCCACCAAGAAGAUAAGGGUAUUCUGGUAAAUUCAUGUCACCAUAUUCCGGAAACCCUAACCCCACAGACCACCCUUAUAUAUACGACGGCUCUUUCCCCUCCCCCUGUCUGCCGCAAUACUCUCGGCUGCGGCCACGGGAAUCACAAGGUCUGGUCAAAAAUCCGAGGCGACGGGUGCUUGAGUCCUCGUUUUGUUAGGUUUUCCACACUUUUUCUUUGGAUUUUUCUCUUUUUCGUUCUUGUUUUCAUUUGUUUUUGGAUCUGAUGAUUGGAGGCUGUGAUGACCAAAAAAUACCUACCUAUUUUCUGACUCCUGACGAGAGAAACCAAUGGAUCCUUCUGAGCCUUCCAUGAUCUAUGCAAUUUCUUGUCUAUUGAUAUUGAUUUGUCCUUGGAUUUUUCUUUGGAUCUUCUGCCGAUGGGUUUUACGAAAACACAGGAUUUUGCGCGGUUGAUGUGAUGAUAAGCUUUCACAGAAACUCUAGUGUUGACCAAAAAUUCAGACUACAAUUAUCUGAUCACCUCCAAAAUCUUGUUCUGUUUUUGCGCCUCCUGAUUUUUUUUCACCCUAAUAAUGACAAGAAGAAAUGCUACGAUCUGUGCACAAUAAGCCGAUGCUCUGGAUACUGAAACAGGAAGGAAGCAUGGUAGUGUGUACGGAGAUGGAAAGGUCUGCAUGUCUGCUUGCUGUGAUGCCUUCGGGCUUUGAUCUAGCAGGCCUGGAUUUGACCUACACACUCUUAACAGAUUGCUAGAAAAGUAUGAGGGUUGUUGAAUCUGUCAGAAUUUACGGGCCAAUAGUUGCAUAUCCCAAAUACCUGAUGUCAAAGAGAACGAUAAGUGCAACAGGCUAACUUUAUAUUCUUAAC